AGGGAUUUCACAUGUGGGCGUGACGGAGAAAAUCGGCGAGCCAAUAGGAAAGCCGUAACCGUGUGAAUUCGCACAAGUGGCAGGCGGCCGGGCCAAUCAGAACGCUCCCUGAAGUGCGGCCAAAGUGAGCGUGAAGGGGGCGCGCGCUCUGGAGCAGCAGCAGGAGCGGGGCAGAAGCCGAAUGGUGGAGCUGAAGAUGGCGGAUGGCGACAGCGGGAGUGAGCGCGGCGGCAGCAGCGGGGGAGGAGGCGGAGGAGGCGGCUUCCAGCACUUCCAGCGGGACCAGGAGACCCAGGAGCUGGCGUCUAAGCGCCUCGACAUCCAGAACAAGCGCUUCUACCUGGACGUCAAGCAGAACAGCAAGGGCCGGUUCAUCAAGAUCGCCGAGGUAGGGGCCGGGGGCUCCAAAAGUCGCCUGACCCUCUCGCUGUCGGUGGCGGCGGAGUUCCGCGACUACCUCGGGGAUUUCAUCGAGCACUACGCCCAGCUGGGGCCUAGCAGUCCGGAGCAGAUCGCCCAGGCCACCGUGGGGGAGGACGGCGGGCCUCGGCGAGCUCUGAAGAGCGAGUUUCUCGUCCGGGAGAACCGUAAAUACUACCUGGACUUGAAGGAGAACCAGCGGGGGAGGUUUCUGCGGAUCCGGCAGACCGUUAACCGGGGUCCGGGCUUCGGAGUCGGGGGCCCAGCGGGCGGCAUGCUCUCCGGCCAGACCAUAGCCCUCCCGGCCCAGGGGCUAAUAGAGUUUAGAGACGCCCUUGCUAAGCUCAUAGACGACUACGGGGGAGACGACGAGGAGCUGGUCGGGGGCUCGGCCGCCGGAGGCUACAGCGAGCUCCCCGAGGGCACCUCCAUCAUGGUGGACUCCAAACGGUUCUUUUUCGACGUCGGGUCCAACAAAUACGGAGUGUUCCUGCGGGUGAGCGAGGUGAAGCCCAGCUACAGGAACUCUAUCACCAUCCCGUUCAAAGCCUGGAGCAAAUUCGGGGGAGCUUUCAGCAGAUACGCCGAGGAGAUGAAGGAGAUCCAGGAGAGGCAGAGGGAUAAAAUGUACGAGAGGAGAGACGAGUCCGAGGGGGACGACGUGGACGACGACUGAUGAAAUUAAUAAUAAAAAAACAGCUGUUAGUCCUGCAACAUAGGGGUAUUUUGCAUAUAAAAAACAGAAAGUGCAUGACAAAUCGUGCUGUAAUAGCCUACUUAAAGCGGUGGUUCCCAACUGGUCCAGAUCUCUCAAAGUCUAGUUCAAGGUCCACACAUGAGAGAAAUGAAAUUUUAUUUGACAAAAUGUAAAUAAUGUGGGCUUAAAACACCAUGAAAUAUAACAUAUUGCAAGAAUGAAGUGCAACUAUUUAAAUCCAGGUGCGUUUCUAGGAUUUUAGGAUGUGAGGGGUUUAGCCUGGACCUCUUUAGUGAAAAAAAAAAUACUGAAAGUCUCAUGUGUUUGCAUGUUUAAAAAAAAAAAAAAAAUUUUCUUUAAAGUUUCAGGCGAUUUUUUUUU